AUCACGUCAUUUCCACCAAAACAAAUGUCGAGAAGACGCACGGGACCGAGCUGUCACUUUCAGAAGUACUGAGUGACAUUUUAGAAGAUACGCUGGUAGUAUUAGGAUGAACACCAAUCUGAAGCACUGGAAGGAGGCGGCCACUCUUAUUUUGGCCGCAGGGUACCGGCUCGGUGCGGACGGACCGGCGCUGAGGGCACCGCUGACCGCCGCUCCAGGCUCACUGACCGCCGCUCCAGGCUCACUGACCGCCGCUCCAGGCUCACCGCUGGGCAGCAGCCAUGGCGGCUCGCACCUGCCGCACAAGUCCUGCUUCGAUUACGGCGUUUUACUGCUUAAACGCAGCAGUAAAAGUGGAUUCAUGCCCAAUGCGUAUGUGUUUCCCGGGGGCAUGGCGGACCCCUCGGACUUUUCGAGUGAAUGGCUGGACAUUUUCAAAUCUUUUACGAACUAUCACAAUUUUGGUCUGAGAAGCGUCAAACAGCCGGCGGAGACUAGACCUCCAAUCUUCGCCACAGACCGACUGAAACUGGGCUCUCCCAUCCCGGGGGAGGUCGCCUUCCGGAUCUGCGCCUUGAGGGAGACUUUUGAGGAGUCCGGUGUGCUCCUUGUUGUAUCGAAACAGGAGGAGAAAGGUUUGUUAAAAAGCGUGCAGGACAGGUGUGUCGCUGACCCGGUGCCACACAGCAAGGUCGACGAGCUGUGCGGUAGUGAACUCACCAAGUGGAGGACUCUGGUAAACCAGAACCCGUCCAACUUCAUCAGGAUGUGCAGGGAGCUGCAGGUGCUGCCCAACAUCUGGGCUUUACAUGAGUGGGGCAACUGGCUGACCCCCACGGGCCGGUACGGUGUGACGAGGUUUGACACGGCUUUCUUCAUCUGCUGCCUGCAGGAGAUCCCACACACACUUCAUGAUGAAAGGGAAAUAGUGCGCUUUCAGUGGUCCACACCCUCAGAGGUGCUGCAGAGCUACCAGGCACAGGAGUUGUGGAUCGCCCCUCCACAGUUCUAUGAGCUCAGCCGCAUGUGCCGCUUCCCUUUGCUGAAGGACCUCCACAACUUCUCCAGCCAGCGUGCAACAGAGGGCUGCGAACAGUGGCUGCCCGUUCUCUUAAAGGAUGAACACUACACAUCACUGCUGCCAGGUGACAAACUGUAUCCGUUGGACACUUCAGGAGACGCUAAGACGGAUACGAGCACAGACCCUCAGCUUGAGGACCCUCAGGACUCUGGACUGCACCGAAUGUUGAUUUUCGAUCCGUACACUACCACUUUACAAAUCACCAUCACGCCCAAAUACAAUCAUCUGCUCCCUGUUGUAGGGCAAGCCUCCCCACAUGACUCAUGACUCAACAGUCAGAUUUGACUUACAGCGACGAGCCCCACGACUCCUCUGCUUAUGAUCAGAGAGGCCUUUUUCACAGCACACGUUUUUGACUCUCCCCUCAAAGGUCAGCACCACUUGCUAGUUAACAAAGUUCACCAAAGUUGAAGUCAGCACAGAACGUUCAUGUAGAUUCAUCCAGGUGUGUCCAGGCCGUAAGCCAUGACAGUGGCACAUUACCAGCUCCCUUUAACUGAUGCACCUAAAUGGAAUUCAGCCAUCAUUAAUUUCCUUUGCUCUUCCCACUGUGUCAAAAUGUUAUUCUGUGGAAGAGGCUUAUUGUGUUAUUGACUUAACCUUGUCAAUUAUAAGCCUAGAAUUGCUUCUUGACAGGACUGUAUUAAUUAUUAGUUUUUCUUCUUCCAUUGGACCGUUAUGUCACAGUCAUUGCCAUCAGAUCUACAGAGAUCUCUCCCUCCACCAGCUUACACUUUUUUUUAAUGUAACAAAUUACAAAUUUCCAACAAACUAAUAUGAAGUGAUUGCUAUUUGCUUUAUUGUACACAGGUUUUUAAGGUGUCCUGGUUUUACCCAGAUACUAAUUUAAGUUUGCAUUACAUGUAAGGUGAGAAAGGCCACAUUAAAAGGGUGAUCAGGACAAAUUUAGUGUAAGCUAUUGUAAGUGUAGUUUGGUUAAUCAAGCGCAUUCCUUAAAAAAAUAAAUUGUUAUUAAGUGCCCACUUCAUGGUGAAAUAUUAAGAAUCAAGUUUUACAGGGAAAUAAAUCCUAAAUCAUUUUGUA